UAAUAAAACACAAAGAGAUCAAAGUUGAAAAGACAUGGCAGUAUCAAAGACAACAAUGCUCAUUGUUCUUGUCGCAAUCAUUCUCUCAUGUGUGUCAAUAUCAAAUGCGAGGCAAAUGCAACGUCCGCAAAAUGUAGAGUGUGUUGGAGGAGAAUGUCAACCGAAGCAUCCACAACAGUAUUUUGGGAGUUGCUUUCGCGAUAGCGAUUGCCGAAAUAGUUGUUUCCCAUAUUGCAGAUAUCAAAAAUGCCAUCAUCAUGAAUGUAUUUGUUCACUAUGUAGCAGUGAAGUGGCUCCAUCACCUAAAUAGUGCCACAAUGUUAGAAACAAUGCUAUGCACUUUCUUAGGUUAUAAGUUACAACGAAAUAUUAUCUUACAUUAUUGAAUAAUUUUUGAAGAAUAUGAGCAAUGAGAAAUGUAUUAGAUAUAUAUGAAAAACAAACCGG